AUGGGACUGGGCUUCGAAUUCUGGGGGGAGGCGUACUCCUAUGCGGCCGCCAUCAUGUGUGGUCUCUCCAUGCUGCUACCCAUCAACGCCAUAUUUUCUGCACCCUUGUACAUCAUGAAUUACUAUCAAUACGUGAUGCAUGACCCCAAUGCGGUGGCAAAGCACAAGAAUUUUUGGGACAAUGCGUUGACGUACUACUCGAUGCUCAUUAUGCUCGUGGCUCUGAUCGUGGAGCCCCUGACGCUCAGCGAGGCAUUCCGCCGUAUCCCAAUACGUCUGCGCAUGCUGUCGGCGUUGAGCAUGUUUUGGCUGGAGAUCAUUAUCCUGAUGUCGGUGCCAGCGGCGGGCUCAACGGAGGCGGGUGCGAUCAGCGCGAUUGUGUGUGCGAGCUUCAGCUCGGCGUUGGGGAAAUCGGUGUUUGAGUCGACGGCGUACGGCUUGUUUGGUGUGUUUCCCUCUCGCUUCAAUACGGCCUUGAUGGGUGGCGUGGGAGUGGCCGGAGCGUUGGCGUCCAUUCUGCAGCUCAUUGUGAAGGCGUCUCUUCCUCAAGACUACAGCGGGAUUCGCACCCAAUCCAAGAUUUACUACGGGUUGAUGGCGGGCAUUCACGGCAUCACAUUCAUCAUGGUGGUUGGGCUGCACUGGGUCCCGUUUGCUCAGCGUUACAUAAAUGCUCUAAGCGGAGGCACGUCCAGCCCUGCGAGCAAUAACCCAGAUCAAGCGGCGGAAAGUGAGACAGAGGCGGCUUCCAAAGCGAACGAAAAGAGCGCACCGAAGGCGACGAACGGCGGCGAUGACAACGCGGAUUCUGGGCGACUUGUGAAUACGAACGUCAUCUUUGUCUUGAAGUGCGUGUACCCGAUGCUCAGUGCCUGCGGCUUCAAUUUCUUCAUUACGCUCUUUCUCUUCCCAACGAUUGUGGUCUCCGUGGAUCCCGACGACUACUGGUACGGCACGGUUGCCGUCUGUAUCUUCAAUGUUUGCGAUGUGUGUGGCCGCUUUUCUCCUUCUCUGAAGUGCCUCUGGCCCCCACGGUGGGUGGUGCUGGUGGGGUCUUUUUCCCGUGUCGUGUUUGUCCCGCUUCUCAUCCUGGCGUCGUACCACUACAUCCCAUCUCAUGCUUACAACUACGUCAUGAUGGUGAUUUUCGGCCUGAGCAACGGCUACAUUGGGGCCCUCGCCAUCACACUGGGGCCCCUGACAAGGAAUCUGGAAACCAGCGGCCAGCGCUUUGUGGCUGGCACAAUGUUUGGCAUCUCCAUUCUUAUCGGCGGCACAAUCGGUUCGGCGCUGAGCAUUCUUGUCCAGACCUUGCGCGGGUAG